AUGGCGGAACUCGCGGGACAUCUUUUGCUACGCGUGUGGGUGAGUCCUAUCCCUCCGGAGCUAGGGAAGCUUGGUGCGUUGAAGACACUCGCACUCAGCGGCAACAAGUUAGAUGGUCCCGUUCCGCCGGCGCUGGGAAAGCUCGCAGCGCUUCGAAAUCUGUACCUCUACGGGAACCAGCUAAGCGGUCUUAUCCCUCCGGAGCUAGGGAAACUUGGCGCCUUGAAGGGACUCAAUCUCAGCAUCAACAAGUUAGAUGGGCCCAUCCCAUUGGAGCUGGGGCACCUUUCAGCACUGGAGGAGCUCGCCCUUUCCGGCAACCAGCUAAGCGGUCCCAUUCCGCCGGCGCUGGGAAAGCUCGCAGCACUUCAAGCUCUGUACCUCCACCAGAACCAGCUAAGCGGCAACAUCCCGCCAGAGCUAGGAGAUCUCCGACAGCUGCAGUGGCUGCGGCUCAGCGCGAACCACCUUACAGGAUUGCGCGUAUGCGAUUGGCUGCGGUCAAUAUCUCGUCGCGUUCCCGGUAACGACGUCAUUCUGGUCGCUACCAAGUGUGACUUGGUGAGCGGCGUUGAGGAAACUGGACAAAGAAUAGAGCUUGCCUGUAGGACGUGGCUUUCGAGCUGGGUUCGCAAUGGUAUGAACCCCGUCCGGCUGGAGCCCCACGUUUCCCUCACGAGUUGCUUCCCGAUAGGAGUUGGUGAGCAUGGCGAGAGUAGCACUGGGAGUAAUGCGUCGAAGCAGGGUUGGGCGUGCGACUGGCGAGACGUGGAAGACGAUAACCCCUCGCCCAGUUUGCUGUACCGGCUCAUCAACAAGCCAGACGAAGGUGGGCCCCGAGGCGUCCAGAAUGUACUUCCUCGCAGCUGGGAUAUCGCCCUGACUUUCCUGGAUUCUCUCGAGCACGGACGAGAUCCGAUGGAGAUGGUGUUGCACAAGUCCCCCAACAGUGACAGAGGUGCGACGGAAACAGCAGUAGGCAAGACAACCGCGUAUCAGGGGAUCACGGUUGAGGAACUCAGCGCCAAAUGGCAGGAAACAGUUGAUGAGCUUAGGAGGAGAACGAUCACGGUCACAAACGCCGAGAAUGCUUUGGAAGGAGCUCUCUCGAUCAGGGAGUUCGACGGAUUCCUCGUUCGCCACGAGAAAUUUGUCUUUCUCGAUGUCGUUUUGCUGGCGAAAAUCCUCAAGCCCUUACUCAACCACAAGGACCAAGAGGCCUUUGACGGCCAUGUGUAUCUUGGGGACACGGACGACACACGCAUCACGCUCGACGAUCCAUCAGACAUCGCUUCGUGGGACAGGCUCAAGGAGGGUGUGCUUGAACCCAGGUUGGCGGAUGCCAUGUGGCCGGAUGGUCUGUCCGAGUAUGUGCUGCGGACUCUGGCAUCGUUGGGUCUCACUUUCCCACUCGAAAACGAUCCUGCUGAAGGCCUGGUAGUUCUGUUGAGGCUAAAGCCACACCGCCCCGAGAGUUCGGGCAAAGUAAUCGAUACCUUCUGCUCGGGACUCACCCCGGCAUUCCGCGCCAGUUGGAAGAUCUUCCUGGGUGUACCGCCGGGUGCGGUCGAAAAGGUGUUGACGCGGUGCUGCGGUCUUCGUGGUGUGCAAACAUUCUGGCGAUAUGGGGUGCUUGUGCAUGGCGGCCUCGGCGUCCGAGAUGAGCGCAGGACAUUUGCUGUGGUCGUGGAAUACUCGUCCAUCGAUAAUGAGCUUGUUGCUCAAAUUUUCGGCGAUAUCAGCACCCCAGGGCCGUGGAUGGCGAUGUCAUACGUGAUGUCUGCCGUGAGCUUGAUGCUGGUGGAUUUUCCAGGACUGCGCUGGAAAGGCUCUCUGAAAUGUCCUCAGCAUGGCGACGGGAUGCUCUUUGCGAACAAGGCGACAAGAGAUGGAGACAAAUUUCUGGAAGGCAGUAGAUGCCCACAAUGCAGUGCCGAUACGGGAGGGCUCGGGGACGCGGCUAUCGAUCUCUUGCGGUUAGUGGACAUCCGACUGGACCGAGACGUGAUUUUCAACGAGGUGAAGGCGAGGUUCGACGACCUGAAGAGUCAGUACUGCUUCGCUUGCCCGGCGCAGGAUCCCUCCAGGCAGGAGGGCGAGUUGAUUCGAGAGAUCGUGGCCACAGCUGUGAAGGGGGGAUUCGCCGAGGUGGAAGAGGAGAUCAACAACUUGAAGGUUGAGAUGAAGGGAGGAUUCAACGAGGUGAAGGGUGACACAAAGGGAGGAUUCAACGAGGUGAAGGCGGAGGUGAAGGCGGGAUUCACUGAGGUUGAAGGAGGAUUCACCAGCAUGAAGGGUGAGAUGAAGGAAAUAUUCGACGAGAUGAAGGGUGAGGUCAAGGGAGGGUUCGACGACACCAAUACCGAGUUGCGUGACGUGAAGGACGAGGUGGAGGGAGGAUUUGGUGACACCGUGGCUGGGUUGCGUAAAGUGAAGCAGGAGGUGCAGGACGGGUUCGGCACGAUGCAGGGAACCCUGGACAAGGUGCUAGAGAGCACCCAGGAAAGCCUCAUGCGCCUCACGGACUUGCAGACCCCGAACUACCGUUACCCUCGCCUUGUGGUCGUCAAGGAGGCUGGAAUUGGUGACAGAUCUUUGAGGGCCACAGGGUGGAAGAGGUUUCUUCCGAGCAAACUUCGUGGCGUGGGGAAGAAGGACAUGACACUUCAUUUCUUGUGCCCGGUCGACAUGACUAAGGUGCCGUGUGGCUAUGGUGGUGACGGCUAUCGAUUUCAGGAGACCCGUGCCUGGGUGAAGGAAAUAUCGCCUGUGCUUCAGGUAGCCGUGGUGACCGCGAAGGUGGCGCUGAACGCAACGACAGGGCUGAACGUGGAUAUCUCGGAUUUCCUGAAGGACUUGAAAAAUGGGUUGGUCGAGGAGCUAGUAGACCGCACUCUCGACGAGGACGCACUGCUUCAUGCUGUUUUGGGUGAGGACAGCAUCGGCGCAGAUUUGCAAAGGGACACGAGGGCCUCGUAUGAAGCGCUCAAGGUUUUCAUGGAAAACGAGGAACGCAGGAGGGAGGAGAUGAAGCGUCACAGCGACGGUAGGGGCGGGAUGGUGUGGGUCCGGAACGACAACGUUCAAAAAUGGUUGGAUUCCCAUUCGACUGCUGCUCCAACUCGCUAG